AUGGCUGCACUGUGUAACAGCUUGCUGGAUAUGGAGGCCUAUAGAGACAAUGGAAGUCAACCAGACUCUGGUUACCAAUUUUGUGUGGUGGGUUUCACAACAGAUCCAAUCCUGCGCCUGGUCUUUUUUGUGCUGUUCUUGGUCUCAUACACUCUCACCCUGACUGGGAACCUGGGUCUCAUGGCUCUGAUCUACCUUGAUUCCUGCUUGCAUACACCCAUGUACUUUUUUGUGGGCAACCUUUCCUUUCUGGAUGUCUGGUACUCCUCAGUGUACACUCCCCGGAUCCUGUCUGACUGUGUGUCUGGGAACAAUGUCAUGUCUCUUGCUGGCUGUGCAGCCCAGUUCUUCUUCUCUGCUGGCCUGGCCUACAGCGAGUGCUUCCUACUGGCUGCCAUGGCAUAUGACCGUUAUGUGGCCAUCUGCAACCCACUACUCUAUGCCACUGCCAUGCCCAAGAAGGUCUGCAUCCAACUGGUUGUUGCUUCUUAUGUAGCUGGCUUUGUCGAUGCCAUCAUACUCACAGGCAACACCUUCAGCCUUCGCUUCUGUGGGGACAAUACCAUCGACGAUUUCCUUUGUGACGUGCCACUACUUCUGAAGAUGGCCUGUGGUGAUACUCAAGUUUAUGAACUUAUCCUGACUUCUGUCACUGGUUGCAAUGUGUUGGCAACUAGUGCUCUUAUCCUGGGUUCCUACAUUGGGAUUGUGGCAGCCAUCAUACGCAUCCGCUCUGCUGCUGGGAGGCGCAAGGCCUUCUCUACUUGUUCUGCUCAUCUAAUCUCUGUCUCCUUGUUCUAUAUUUCCAGCUCCCAGCACACUCCAACCUGGGACAAGGCAUGUGCCGUGAGGCCCCUGCUGAGAGCCCUGAAAGCCGCUGGUGAGCCCAGUGUGGCUCCCAGGCUGUACCACCACAGCAGCCUGAGCUUUCAGGAUGCUGGGGAUGAGAUUGUAACUCCAAACAUCUUUGAUUCAUAG